GAAGACUAGUGCGUAAAAUUUUUAAAAUCUUCCUUUGCCCUAGAGUUAUACUGAACUUACCCACAUCCCAAAACCAGCUUGGUUUCUUCCCGGACGUGGGUGUCAAAUAAAACCCCCGUAAAACCCUCCCUCUCUUUGCUGCACACUGCACCGGAAGACCCUCAUCUCGUCCUCCAGUGCUGUUUCUCCGGUUAGAUAGACAGCCAUUAGGUUGGGUUAUCAUCCUUCCCGUCCCGCUUCCAAAGAAGGGUCGUAAUCCUCUCUGUCGACCCAUGACGGCUACUCGGGUCACGAUCUAGGGGUACUAACAAGAAAACUAGACUAGGUACGGGUGCGCAGGCUAUAGCGGGGCUUCGCUUCCUCCUCCUCCCACCUGUGUCCAUACCCGAUUUGGCGACUUGCGACCUCCGUGCUCUGCUCUGGGUUUUGGUACAGACUUUAGGGGUGCUUUUGUUUUUGAGAGAUUUGGAAUCAAGGAUUUAGGAAGCAGCCAUGGCAGAGUUGAAACUGUCAGAGAGUCGAGACCUAACGCGAAUAGAACGCAUAGGUGCUCACUCCCACAUCCGUGGACUGGGCCUGGACUCAGCCCUUGAGCCCCGGGCCAUCUCAGAGGGCAUGGUUGGCCAGACCUCUGCUCGCAAGGCUGCUGGUGUCAUCCUUCAUAUGAUCAAAGAGGGCAAGAUUGCUGGCCGGGCUGUUCUCCUUGCUGGCCAGCCUGGCACUGGAAAGACAGCCAUUGCCAUGGGCCUCGCUAAGUCUCUUGGUCAGGAAACCCCCUUUGCCAUGCUCGCUGGCAGUGAGCUCUUCUCCCUAGAGAUGUCAAAGACAGAAGCCCUGAUGCAAGCUUUUCGCAAAGCAAUUGGAGUCCGAAUCAAGGAAGAAACUGAGGUUAUUGAAGGUGAGGUUGUUGAGGUCCAAAUUGACCGCCCUGCAGUUGCAGGUGCUGCAUCGAAAACUGGAAAGUUGACGCUGAAGACCACAGAGAUGGAGACAGUGUAUGAUUUGGGGGCAAAGAUGAUUGAGGCCUUAGGGAAGGAGAAGGUACAAAGUGGGGAUGUCAUGGCUAUUGAUAAGGCAUCUGGAAAGAUCACAAAGCUUGGGAGGUCGUUCGCACGAUCUAGAGAUUAUGAUGCUAUGGGCCCUCAGACAAAGUUUGUGCAGUGUCCUGAUGGGGAGUUGCAGAAGAGGAAGGAGGUGGUGCAUUGUGUUACACUUCAUGAGAUUGAUGUUAUCAACAGCAGAACACAGGGGUUUUUGGCUCUCUUCACUGGUGACACCGGUGAAAUUCGUUCUGAAGUGAGGGAACAAAUUGACACAAAAGUAGCGGAGUGGAGAGAGGAAGGGAAGGCAGAAAUUGUUCCAGGUGUUCUCUUCAUUGAUGAGGUGCACAUGCUCGACAUAGAGUGCUUUUCUUUCCUGAACCGUGCAUUAGAAAAUGAAAUGGCACCAAUAUUAGUUGUUGCUACCAACAGAGGCAUCACCACAAUCCGCGGCACAAACUACAAAUCCCCACACGGAAUUCCAAUUGACCUUCUUGAUCGUCUGCUCAUAAUCUCAACACAACCAUACACGGAGGAUGAGAUUCGCAAGAUUCUUGACAUCAGAUGCCAAGAGGAAGAGGUUGAGAUGUCAGAGGAAGCCAGGGUUUUGUUAACCAAGAUUGGGGUCGAAACAUCUCUGAGAUAUGCCAUCCAUCUUAUCACUGCUGCUGCUCUUGCUUGCCAGAAGCGAAAGGGAAAGCUUGUGGAGAUGGAGGACAUCAGCCGUGUUUAUCAGCUGUUUUUGGAUGUGAAGAGAUCAACACAGUACCUGAUGGAAUAUCAGAAUCAGUACAUGUUCAAUGAAAUGCCUACGGGGGAUGGGGAUGAAGAUGAAGCCAAUGCCAUGAUUUCCUGAAUGUUCCCUUUGACAUGAAAUUUUGAAAGCCUAUGUUUAUAUGUCUCUUUUUUUAUUAACUUCAGGUACCACCCAGCGUUGUAUGAAAAUUAUUGGGAAAAUUGAAAAUCUGACGAAAUGAACCAUUUUGCAUUGCA